GGAGGCCCGAUUCCUCUUUGUUCAGAUUCGCCAUUUUGCGAGGCAGCGGCAGUGGCGGCGGCGGCGGCGGCUGGAGCCUCUGAUUGGGUUUCGGGGUCCGGUACUGGAGCCAAUCAGCGCGGGCAGCGAACCGGGGGAGCGAGGCACGGAAUCCCUACCUGGCAGCUGCUUGGGAUCUAUAGAGUGAAGCUUCAGAACUCUUAACGUGGCUGGGCCAUGGAGCAGUAUACCACAAACAGCAAUAGUUCCACAGAGCAGAUCGUGGUGCAGGCUGGCCAGAUUCAGCAGCAGCAGCAGGGUGGUGUCACUGCUGUCCAGUUGCAGACUGAGGCCCAGGUGGCAUCCGCCUCAGGCCAGCAAGUCCAGACCCUCCAGGUAGUCCAAGGGCAGCCAUUAAUGGUACAGGUCAGUGGAGGCCAGCUGAUUACAUCAACUGGCCAGCCCAUCAUGGUUCAGGCUGUGCCAGGUGGACAAGGCCAAACUAUUAUGCAAGUACCUGUGUCUGGAACACAAGGCUUACAGCAGAUACAGUUAGUCCCCCCUGGUCAGAUCCAGAUCCAGGGUGGGCAGGCUGUGCAGCUGCAAGGCCAGCAGGGUCAGACCCAGCAGAUCGUCAUUCAGCAACCACAGACUGCAGUCACCGCCGGCCAGACUCAGACACAACAGCAAAUUGCUGUCCAGGGACAGCAAGUGGCCCAGACUGCUGAAGGGCAAACUAUCGUCUACCAGCCAGUUAAUGCAGAUGGCACAAUCCUCCAGCAAGUUACAGUCCCUGUUUCAGGCAUGAUCACCAUCCCAGCUGCCAGUUUGGCAGGAGCACAAAUCGUUCAGACGGGCGCCAACACCAACACAACCAGCAGUGGCCAAGGGACUGUCACUGUGACACUGCCGGUGGCAGGCAAUGUGGUCAACUCAGGAGGGAUGGUCAUGAUGGUGCCAGGAGCUGGCUCUGUGCCUGCUAUCCAAAGAAUCCCUUUACCUGGAGCAGAGAUGCUGGAAGAAGAGCCCCUGUAUGUGAAUGCCAAACAGUAUCACCGCAUCCUUAAGAGGAGACAAGCCAGGGCGAAGCUAGAGGCAGAAGGGAAAAUUCCAAAGGAAAGAAGGAAAUACCUCCACGAGUCUCGGCACCGACACGCCAUGGCACGGAAGCGCGGUGAAGGGGGGCGGUUCUUCUCUCCAAAGGAGAAGGACAGUUCUCACAUGCAGGAUCCAAACCAAGCUGAUGAAGAAGCCAUGACACAGAUUAUCCGAGUUUCUUAACCACAGGGGGGCGGCAGAGCUGAUCAGUCACAUUCGUCUCCACUGUUUCCACUGUUCUUGGAAAUGGACCGACUCUUCCAAUGGGACGCUGACGACUGCACUCUGCCCUUUCUCAGGACAGAAACUGCUUAGCUCAGUAUUACAGCUGCAGUGAUGGCUGAUGAACUGAAGUUGCAAGCCUUGUCUCACCCUUUCAUUCAGGACCUGUUUCAGACUGUUGGUGACACUGACCUUUGUGAAUUUGGAUGAUACAAGGAGGUAUUUACUGGCCCAGCAUUACAUACACAAGCACUUACAUUGAGUGGUAUAAGGCCAGCUAGUCAGCCAUCGCAGUAGGGGAGAGCAGCCAUCUCAUCCUGGUCUACAGUCAAGGCAGCCACAGCCCAUGCCUUCCUGUGAAGUCUCACCAGCAUCCAUCCCCUGGGGGAUGUCCACCUGGCGGAUGCAUGGGCACUUUGCACUCAGAUGCCUCCCAAGCAAAGAAGCUUCGUACCACGGCAUGGAGCAGUAGGCUGGGCUGCAGUCUUCUGAUCCGUGUCAUGAGAGCCUGUCCGCCCACAUGCUAGGUUGGUGUGUUUUACUUCGGCCAAGAAAGUCCAAAGAGGAUCUUUUGGACUCAGGAUAAAAGGAUAGGAGACCUUAAGGAUCUAAAAGGUACAUCGCUGAAUCUUUCUAGCUCUGGCUGUGGUCUGCUCAUCCCUGGUAACAGGCCAUCUGGGCCGUCCGUCAUUGGUACUGGGUCACUUUAACACUUUAAAGACAGUUUAGAGAGUAAGUGGACCUUGCAGCAGAUUUCCCGGGAGAGAACAAAACUUCGCAACAUCUGCGCUCAAGUAUCGACGUUUACACUUGUUCCUCAACAGAGGCAAACCUAGGAUUCUUAAUCAUGGGCUUUAUGACAGCGAGUAGGGAACAAAAGGAUCUUUGCAUCUCAGUCCAGAGAGCAAGUGUCCUACCUGCCCGAGUGCUGCCAGAGCAUGAUUCUCCAGUGGCUGGGUACCAGGCAUGGGUCUAACGCUGAAGACCGAAUUACUCAUAGAAACACUGACAACCUUCUGCCGUGCACUAAAAGGGAAGUUGGAGGUGUGCUUCUUACAUUGUGUGAAAAAGCAGUUGGGGCCGCUGUCCUGGACACAGACUGGAGGAGAGACUGGGCUUCACCCCUGCCUCUUUGUGCUGGCCCAGAGGGUGAAUGUUCUUCCCAAGGCAGCUGAUUUCUUUGGUGCCAGUUUCCACUCAUUUUCUCCUUUCUCUGUAGGGAUCAACUACAGACCUGGAAGAAGAUUCCUGCGGGGUCAGGAAUUGGGCCAUAGUUCCCAGGGUGAGCUGGGCCCUAGAAAUCCGUUUUCUGGACAAGCACUCUACCACUGAGCCACACACACAUAGCCCAGAAUCUGCUGUGCAUACUGAGGCCUGGAGGAGAAAGCCACAGUUGACUUUUCAGAAGGGUUGGCUGCCUGCUCUGCAAUCAAAGUCAGAUGCAGUCAUUCCAAAGACUUUGGGGGUUGGUUAAAAUACCAAUCAAGUCUGAAGACAUGCUUUGACUUUGUUCUGAGUUAAAGAUGGGAAAGAUUUUAACCUUAUAAAAGAACAUCACAGGGAGACCAGUUUAAUCGGAGAAGCAGGAAUUAAGCCAUCGCUCCCUUCUCCCAGGAAUCUUGCCAUUUUCUCCUGGCUUCCAGAUGUCAGAGGGGGCUAAUCCUUUUUUAGUAAACUUACUAGAAACUUCCGGCUCUUCACACGAGCUUUCUGAUAUUACUGAAAACCGUGAGGAAUUUCUACCUUUGUGGUAGUGAGGGGAAGGAAGAGUUGAGGGAUUCCUCAGGCCUAAUGUCUAAUGCUUACGCCAGCAAUUGUAGAAUGCUAUUUAUUUGUGUCUGUAAGUUUUGUACAUACCUUAACCUCAUAUUGUUGCUGAGUUUCAUUUUGAGGAAGGCAAGUUUGAGUUUUAGUUCCUUUGAAACAGAUGCUUGGGUUUCCCUUUUGUCGCUGCAUUGCAGUAAGCUCCUAACCCUUUUGUUGUGGUCGUUCUACCUAACACAACGCAAUAGCCCGUAGGGGUGGGGCCGAGUUUUUGAUUUUGUUUGUUUCACUUAGUUCUUUUUGCUUGUUCUUGGAAUUGUAGUGAUGGCUUCAAAGACACAGAGUGGGUGGAGGAGUGGGCUGCUGGUCCACUGCAUCUCUGUACUUCCUGAGCAGGACGACUAAAUGUAUAUAUUUUAAUUGCACUGGUAAUGGGACACGCCAGCCGCUAGACACUGCACCGAUAGCUUCUCAUGGCUACAGGGUGCCUGAUAAUAAUGUCUUGAUUUUCCUUUGGGACUCAACUAUGUAGGUCUCCCCGCCAGCAAGGGGAGUACAGGUGAUCGAUCACUGAUGUCA